UUUCACUUGUGCCCAGGAGCAGAGCAGCUCCAGAGAUGGUACAACCCCUCACUCAGAGCUCGGGCAUUUCUUCUUAAAAAUAAGUGAGAAUAGGUUUAAUGAUGGAAAACCUCUCCCAGAAAGUGAACCACCUCCUGUCGGGGAACACCACAGAGCCAACGCCGUCAGCCUGCGGUCCCCCUGUAUGCUGUGUACUUCUUAAUUUAAUAAACCGAGGCACAUGAAGGUCUGUUGGCAUGUAAUUAAAGUCCCUGUGAUGCCCCUGGGAGCAUGUUUGCUGGUGCUGGCCCUGGCGGAGCUUGGGACCGUCCCUUUGUCACCCCUACAGCUCUUCUGCUGGCCAGAGGAAUGGGGUGUCCUCAGUUUCCCUCCCUGCCCUUGCAUUGCACAUCAUAUUUUUUAAGCUCUUGUGAGCUCUUUGUCCCUCCCAGGGUUUCAAGCUCUCACUACAUUACACAGAAAGAAAUACAAAAAGAACAAGGUGGGAACUGUUAGAGUGCAGAAAGAAAAAAAAAAAAAAUAAGUAUAUUCAUUCAAAUGGCAAAAUGACCCGAGUUUCUCCUUAUUAAUUCUUUCCUUACAGCAUUUCCAAUGCAGGCACGUACCUGUGUUCAUCUGGGACGCUCCCACGGACCCAGGAGCAUCGCUGGGGUGUGUGUGUCUGUGUGUGUGGCGUAUCUCACGGUUGUCUGAGCAACAGGACGUUCAUCACUAACUCCAGGGAUCAUUAACUCAUUUUUCCUGUAUUUAUAGAAAACCGAUGCAGGGAAUGUUGGCACUUAUCCCUGAUGAGGCCACAUUUGUCCACAACAUCUUGAAUUUUGGCCGAUUCUUGAAAUACGGUGGCUUUGUCAUCACCCCUGCCGCCUGCUCAUUAAGCCUGAAAUCAGGCAGCUCGUUAAAGCUGCGAGGGCAGGGGUGCCGGCCCCUGCCCAUGGGUACCCACCUCCUCCAGCCCCGCUCCUGGUUUGCCAGUGCAGGGGAUUUUUUUUGCAUCAGCAUCUCCAGCUGCCUGCAUACGCCGGGGCUGAAAACCAGCAUAGCUCCCAGCUGGGCUGUCGGCAAAGGGGAAAUUUUGCUGCUUCCAGGAGUUUUGGUGCAGGGAUGUGAUGCAAAGAUGCGCUGGAGCAUCCUGACUCGGCACUGCAGCGGUAGGAGACCUGCGGGGAAUGACAAGGAGCAUCUUCUCUUGGCGUGAGAAAUGCAUACAGCAGCAGGGGAAGAGUGACAAGCAGCUCCCCACAUUGCCCCAUCACCCAGCCAUGGAGGGAGACACCAACAUCUCAGCACCAGGCUGCCUUGAGCACUGGGUCGAGCCCCAGUUCACGCAAGCAGCGAGGGUCCGAGUGAUCAUCACAGCCAUCUUCUUCUUACUGGCGGCCGGCAGCAAUGCGGCAGUGCUCGGCAGCUUGCUGAGGAAGAGGAGGGAAUCCCACGUGCGGCCUCUGAUCCUCAGCCUGGCACUGGCUGACCUCCUGGUGACGGUGGCAGUGAUGCCGCUAGAUGCAGCAUGGAACGUGACGGUGCAGUGGUAUGGAGGGGACAUCUCCUGCAAGCUCCUUAACUUCCUCAAGCUCUUCGCCAUGUACGCAUCCGCCCUGGUGCUGGUGGUCAUCAGCCUGGACCGGCAUGCAGCUGUCCUCCAUCCCUUCUCCCGUGCUCGCCGCCGCAAUGGGCUGCUGCUCCGUGCUGCCUGGGCUGGCAGCGUCCUCCUGGCUUUGCCCCAGCUUUUCCUCUUCCACCUGCACACAGCCCCAGGAGGGAACUUCACCCAGUGCGUUACUCACGGGAGCUUCCGAGCACACUGGGAGGAAACCAUCUACAACAUGUUCACCUUCACCACCCUCUACAUCACCCCCCUGAGCGUCAUGAUCAUUUGCUAUGUUCGGAUCAUUUGGGAGAUCAGUAAGCAGCUAAAGAUCAACAAAGGUUUGAUAAGAAAUCAGAAUGACCACAUCUCCAAGGCACGCAUGAAGACCCUCAAGAUGACCAUAGUGAUUGUUGCCACCUUCAUCAUCUGCUGGACCCCAUACUACUUCCUGGGUUUGUGGUACUGGUUCCAGCCAGCCAUGAUCCAGAAGAUGCCGGAGUAUGUCAACCACAGCUUCUUUCUCUUUGGCUUGUUGCACACCUGCACUGACCCUGUCAUCUAUGGACUCUACACCCCCUCCUUUCGGGAGGAUGUGCAGUUGUGUCUCAGGGGCAUUGAAACAGCCAUUACCAGGCAUGAGAGGCACAAACCCAUCUCAGUCGCAGAGAAGAACAUCAAGGAUGGUGCUGUAAAUGGUGGGGUGGCAUCAGGGGGCUCCAAUGGGACAACUGUCAACACGGCCUGCUGAAGAGACGUACCUGCAAAGAGAUGUGAGGCACAGCUUUGGGGGCUGCUAUGUCCCAUGGGAUUGCUCUGGAGACUGUCACAAGGAGGUUUGUCACCCAGCUUUGGUGGGUGAGGGUGUCUGGCCAGAAACUGGGAAUGUGGCUCCUGCCUGUACUCAGGGUGAAAAACAUUUUGAGGUUAUUUAUGGUCAUUCCUCCAUGUUCUGGCAGCCCCAUGGUGACUAGAAAACCAUCCUUUUUGUACCCUA